GCCGCUAUUGUUAUUAAACCUUGGAGAAAGAAUAAUUAUAUUUUGAUAAACGAUUUAUAUACCUUAAUCAGCACAUAACAAGAAUUCUGCUAUAAACUCCAUUAUUACUCGAAGCUUUGUGGACAAAAGAAGUAGCAAAAUAUUCGCGCCAGUUUUGAAAUGGAUUAAAAACGUUGUCAAUUUCAACAAUAUUAGAUUACAUACGCAUGCGUUAUGUUAUAAAAUGAGACGAAAGAAAAAUAUACACUCUUAUUCAAAGGUAAUGCAACAACUAUGGCUCAUCUUGGUACUCGUGUCCUCUUGCACAGCUACUUCUCCACCACAAACAGAGGAACCAAGAAAGCCAAACAUAGUAUUUAUAGUGGCUGAUGACUUGGGUUGGGAUGAUGUCGGCUUCCAUGGAUCAGCGCAGAUUCCAACUCCAAAUAUUGAUUCGCUUGCACUGAGUGGCGUUAUCCUUAAUAAUUAUUACGUUUCACCUUCGUCAUUAGCAACAAAAUCCGAAUUUAUGACAGGAAAAUACGGAUCGCGUUUAGGAGUACAGCACGGUGUAUUUCACAAUAAACAACCAUUUGGUCUUCCUGAGAAAGAAAAGAUUCUACCUCAGUAUCUCAAAGAGUUAGGAUAUAAUACAUAUGCCAUCGGCAAGUGGGGACUAGGCUUUUACAAAGAAGAUCUGUUGCCAUGGAAACGAGGGUUUGACACGUUCUUUGGUGGAUUAACAAGUUCAAGCGUUGACUAUUUUACACACUCAGCAUAUGAUGACAAUUAUGGAUUGGAUUUGAGACGAAACGAAGAGAUUGUACAUAACGAAACUGGUCAUUAUGCAACUGAACUUUACACAGAAGAAGCUGUAGAGAUUAUUCAAAAUUACGACAAAACAGAACCUUUCUUCUUAUAUGUUUCACACCAAGCAGUUCACAGUGGCAAUGCUGACGAUCCACUGCAAGUUCCGCCAUGUUAUUUAAAUAAAGUAAAACACAUCAAAAAUGCCAAGAGGAAGCUUUACGGAGGAAUGGUAGCAGCAUUGGACGAGUCGGUGUUGAAUAUCACAAUUGCACUCGCUGAUAAAGGCUUCUUAAAAGACACGAUAAUUAUCUUCACAACCGACAGUGGAGGUGCUGUUGGAGGAAUGGAAUUAAAUAGCGGUUCGAAUUAUCCACUUAGAGGUUCGAAACUCACUGUGUGGGAGGGUGGCGUACGCGGUGUAGCGUUUGUAAAUAGUGAUUUGAUUCCUGAUAAGGCACGAGUCAAUGAAGAAAUGUUUCACUCAACUGAUUGGUUUCCAACUAUCAUAAAAUUAGCUGGUGGCGAUAUAAAAACGGAAUCUGCAUUGGAUGGUUUUGAUGUAUGGCAAGCAAUUAUUAAAACCAAUGAGCUGUCGCCUCGUUUUGAGAUUCUGCAUCAAUUUGAUCCGCUUCAAAAAAACCAGUGCGCGUUAAGAGUUGGUGAUUACAAACUGAUUAUUAAUCAAGAUAUUGGUUUCUAUGGAGAUUGGUAUCCUCGCCCAGCAGAAGUUGGAGAGCUACGAAACUUAACUAAGCCAACUCUGCUGCCGAAUGCACAGUUAAAAUGUGACAAGAACUACCCACAUCCAUUUUUAGAGAUGCAUGCUCCUCCAUGUAAUCCAAUGAAGAAACCCUGUUUAUUUAACAUACAAUGGGAUCCUUGUGAAUUCCACAAUUUGGCAGAGUUCAUGCCAAAUACACUAAAGGUAUUACUGGAUCGUGUUCAUGUUUAUCGUACGCGCAUUGCAAAGCCUCUUUAUCCGAAAUUUGACCCAAAAGCAGACCCAGAGAAUAAUGAAGGUGUUUGGGGCCCAUGGCUUGCUAGUCCAACUACACAUUUAACUGGAAACAGCUCUGAAAAACUGCCCGGAAACAAUGAAACACCAACUGCACAGAGAGAAGGAACCACAGUGCAGCCGGGUGGGUUUAAUGUUUCCGCCACAGAGCCACCUGUCGUCACUGCAACAUCAGUGAUGCCAAACACAACAGAGCAGGCAAAGGUAGAGACAUAUCUUGGAAAUAAUUCACAUGCUGUGUAUGGUACCACACAAUCUUCAUCAUCAGUGAUGUCAAGCACAACAGAAAGGCCAGAGGUAGAUUCAUAUCUUGGAAAUAAUUCACAUGCUGUGUAUGGUACUUCACAAUCUUCAUCAGUUUAUGUAUCAACUGAAAAGCCGUCUGAAGAGCAGCAGCUGUUAUUAAACAACACAACAAAUUCUUUGCAAGGUAUUAAAGCCACAGAGAAACCGGCUAAUUCAGGAAUCUCAGGUGUAAAUACUUUCAAAGUUACGAAUUCGAUCCAGUCUGGACAGUCAGAAGUAGAAUCUAGCAACGACACGCACGCUGUAUACACUCAGACUGAAGCAGCUCCAGUCCUUGAAGUGAUUACUGCUGCCGGUGCAAAUGAAUCUGAUACUACUCCACAACCACAGAUCAGCAGUACAACUCCAGUGAUUAUUGCAGAAAUGCAGCAAAAGCAAGACAAUUCAAGUGAAACACCAGUUCCAUUUGAUCAGAAGACAUCAGGAUCGCAGCAAGUUUUUCCAUUUGAAACAACUCACAAUCCACUUUACGUAGACCAAACGUCGAAUGGAUAUAAUCAACAACAAACACCACAACAAGCUCAAAUGGGCAAUUUACCUUCUGGUUCAUCUUCAUGGCAAUAUGAAUUAGGUAAUGGAACAGCACCCGCAAAUUCUACAGUGAUUCCAAGUGUAGCACCAGAAUACUCAACGGUGUCUAUUUCAACAACGGCUGAACCAGUAUUUUCAACAGUUGCUCCUGAAUCCACAGUUAUUUCUCCAACAGGUACAUUAACACAAACUGGCAGUGACAACAGCAAGGAGGCAUUAGAUGUAAUAAGCGAUCCGGGUGACCACGUUAGGAUUACAAUCAAGAAUAAAAAUGGAACAAGAGAUAGAACGCACGAGUAUGCAGCACUAUUGGAAGAUUCUGUAAAUUCUGGUCAAGAUGCUACUAAAUUUGAUAUGAAUGGCAAACUUACGCAUAUCGAUAUUCAUCAGAAUGAAACAGGGGACAAUCCUUCAGCUUCCUCUGCUACGAUUAGCAAUCUAAAUUUAAAGAAAAAUCAAACUAUUUCAACAUCAUCGGUGACUGACGAUAAGAUGGCUUAUUCAACGACAGAAGAUGUAUCACAGAAUCAUCAAGAAGCUAUUACAUUUGAGUCAGGGCCAAUGAAUGGUGGUUUAACAAGUCCACCAAAUAUGGGAAAUUCUGGUAGCGUACAACAGAGUACGACAAAUGCAACUGCCUUCAACGAAACAACAGGAGAAGAACGUCCAACUGAUGCAAACAUACAACAAGUGAGUCAACAAAAAGCCCCAGAACUGGCUUCUAUAUCACAACCGCUUUCACCACCGCUAUCACCAGCAGUCCCGGUGGCCCCUCAAGUCCUGCAAGCAGCACCCGAUGCUACAUCUCAACAACAGCCAUCAUACACAGCAGCUGCUGCUCAAAAUGUUGUCCCACAGAAGGUGAAGCCAGCUAAAGAAAUUCCUGCUGCAUCAGCAAAUCCAAUAUCGGCUGACACUGAAGCAGGUUACCAACCAAAUGUUCCUCUCCCUCCAGCAAUGCAAGUUCUUCCGCAAGCAGCGUCUUUAAGACCAGAAAAAAACAAAAAAGUUGCACCACAAAAGCCACAAGAAAGCACAGACAAGUCUUUAUCGUUGGGAGCGGGUAGUGAUACUGCUACCUCUUCAGAAUCCAGUGUUGGCUCUGACACGCUCACAGCAGUGCAGAGUGAUUCAAAGCUACCUGCUUUAAAGAAACCUCUUGUGCUUGCUUCCUUAAAUAAUGUUGCUGAUGCUGGAGAACCUGGUAAACAGAAAUUAUCCACUGAUUUAGCAUUGGUGACUGGUUCGUAUAUAGGUAAAGGUGAAGGGAAGAAGCCUAUCGCUCAAAAUUUUGUUAAAGAACCAGAAUACGCAAGUAUCGAAAAACCAGAGUUCGAAAAACCACAAAACCCAUUUAAGGAUAGACCUGGUGAGAGCGCCACGUCUGGAACCGCUACAAGUGCUGGUUCAGAAACAGAAUCAGAGACAGUGGUGGGAAGUUUUGGAGAAGCUGGUUCCGAUACAAAAAUAAAAGGUAAAGUUGGUGGAGGAAAAGGCCCUAAAUUGGUACCUUCUCAACUAAAACCUGUACCUGAGGAUGAAUCAAAGGAAGAACCAGUGGCUAAGGCUGUUAACCAGUUACCUUCAGCUGCCGAUUUAGCUCCAAAGCCAAAGCUUGACUCAUUUGUUAAAGGAAGCAAGCCCAAUUUAGGAAAUUCACUCAAGGCAUUAUCUUCGCAUGCACCGGUUGGUAAAGAAUUUAGUUUAGCAACUGGACAGCAUAAUGAUCUUCCAAGUGCAAUGAUUGCAGGACAUCGUCCAUUUCAAUCAGUUGUUGAUGUUGUGAGCGAUUCUUCAAACCAAAUGUGUGGUGAUGGAGGAAGAGAUUGUAUUUACCGACCACCAGCACCACGGAUUGACUCUUCAAAUGUUAACCAAAAACCUGUGGAGCCAUUAGCAUCAAAUGAUACAAUUACUGUUGGUGCCAUUCAGCAAUCUGAAUCUGUAAAUAGAUACAAAGCAGUUGAAGCAAGUACGCAACAGCUAGCUGACAAUACCAAUGGAGGGGCACAAGCAACUAGCAACAGUGUUAGUCAACCUAAAAGAAAUCAAAGUGGUGGCGCAGUUGGGCAGUCGAAGCCUAUUGAUGAUCUAUUGUUAAAUCGACUACCUCCACAAGAAAAAUUGCAUAAAUUCUUUGGCGAGUUGAAAGUUGAUAACAAGAAGUUAUUCUACAUUUCUGGUACUGCUAGUGAAGACAAGGAUCUUAUUUACUCUCCAUCGGAUAGCACUGGAGUUGGAGGUCAAAAUGAUGUUAGGAAACACAAUAUUGGUUUUAAUAUUAUGUUACCUUCAACUGUCGUGAAACAGCUAACACCAUCACCAAAAUUUAAAGAGCGAUCGAAAAUUGAAAACUCGACAAAACAACAACAUCAUGGUCAUGUUGGCGAGACACCUGUUGUCCAUCCCAAGAAUAAAUCAGCUAUAAAAAAAAUCUUUGAUAUGAUCGCCGAUCCGGCCCGAACAAGGAAAACUAAAGUCGAAUUACCGCCCGUUGAUGAUCAUGUUUUGAUCGGCAAAACAAACAUCGCGACAGUGACGGGUGAAGAAACGAGAGGCGAAGCUGGAGAUAUUGGUGCGACGAAACCAUUAAAAGGUACCCUUAUCGAGUCCAAAACGCCAAAUUUAAUCUCCAAGUCCGUAAAUAACACGCUAAGUUCAGAUGAUAGUGGUGCAAAGCUGUCAUCAUCACGAAAUACUGAAGCAGGCGAUCUAGGUUCAAUUGUUACACUUGUUGGUAAAGUAAAAGUAGAUCGAUUGAGUUCGAAAAGAACGAAACACAACUUAACAGACGAACAUAAUGCUCAUAAGAAAACUGUAAAAGAGCAUAUGGCGCUGAAACAUAUGCAACAUAACAGUAGCGAAACAAACGCAGCUAACAUUGAUAAAGUAAAAGGACCUAGUAACUCGAUUAUAGUCUCGUCGGUUAUUAUAGUAUUAAUAGCAUCAUUUGUCGUUGUUGGUAUGGCAGUUGUUGCUAUAGUUGCAGUUGUCGCACGGCACUGUCGUCUUGGUAAACAUUUUGAAGCCAGCUAAUUAUGCAGAACAAUACGUUUGGAUUUUCUUAUUUUACGAAUAUUUAUUAACCGUGUCAUGCUGUUUUCAAAAUUCAGCAGCUGCUUCCCAAAGACAAUCACACCUAUUUUUUAAAUCUUUAGAGAGUGUGUCCAUGGGCAAACCGUUAUCAUUUUCACUUUUGUCGUUAACCUUUUGCACUUUUUUCAAAAAAAUGCAAUGGCCCAGGUUUCUUUUUAAAAAGCGUAACAGUUUCCUAAGGAGAAAAAAUGUUAAACCGAGCACCGGUUUUUCCCUGGUCAAUCUCACCCAAACAUGACACAAAGUAAUUUAAAAGUUUAACAGGUUGGGGAAACAAUCCGCUUCAUCAGUUUUUAUAUCAAUCACUAUUAGGCAGAUAAAUAUAUUAUGAAAGGUGUUAACAACCUAGUCCCCAAAGCCCUGGAUACAGGGUUGAGGUGUUAACGAAGGGAUGGACUUACGCCUUGUGGCAACAAAUACUCACUUAUAUUAGUUAGAAGAAAAAGUUUAAUGUAUAUUUUAUUUUAUUUAGGUAUAUAGAAAGUUUAUUUUCCCAUAACA